AUGUUGGAGUUUUCUAAAUGGAUGUUUUUGUUUUCAUUGGUGUCACUAGUGGCGCUGCAGUCUAGAGGCCAAGAUAAUUACCGACCUGAGGAUGCUAACGAUAACGGCCAAGGUCGUAACCUUCUUGACUGGAUAGGUUUUGGAACAGGUCCUGAGACAGAUCCGUAUUUAGCAUCAGCAAACGCUGCCUGUCUUAAUGGAGAUCUAGCCGAUUGUUUCAAAUCAAGAGCGCUAGCUUCUUUUGAGAAUUUUUUUACCAAACCGGAAUAUUACCUUACUGAAAAUGCUAGGGUUAAAAGGAUUCCAGAAAGUCAACUAAGGCAAUUAUCUCGGGAACCUUACGAAUAUUCAGAGAGUCCAAGAGCGAAUGAACCAGAGUGGGAUCAACUAGUUAAAUUUGUUAAACGGAAGUUGGAGAUGUUCAUGAAAUCAACAGUAUUUGAAUUAGAUUUUGACGAGGAGGUAACAGAAAGAGGAAGGUACUCCCCACGCUUCAUUGAUGAAAUUGUUGGAGAGCUCGAUAUAAUCGAAGACAAAAAAGAUACGUUAUUCAAGAGAAAACAAUUGAAGAAACUCUUUAUUCCGUUACUGUUGGUAUUGAAAUUGUUCAAACUGAAGUUACUGUUGUUCUUGCCGCUUAUACUGGGACUUGCAUCUUUUAAACAAUUCUUAGGAUUCCUUGCCUUGAUAAUUCCAGGAGCAAUUGCGUUCUUCAACUUCUGUAAGCCUAUGUUGAAACCUACAUCAUUCUUCGGCCCAGCAGGUCCUCCAUAUUCCCCAGCUGGUGUAGCUUAUCAGCAACAGUAUUCCCCAAACUAUCAUCAGUACAACAAUUACCCGCAUCAUGGAAGUGUUCAUUUUAGAAAUGAAGAAGACUCUGCCCAACAUCUAGCGUACAAUGGUUGGGGUGAAUAUAGGAAUCAAGAUAAGGGUAUCGAAGCAGAAACUACUUCAAAAAAAUCGAUAUUACCAGAUUCGUAG